AUGUUUGGUUCGGGAUGUGGGAGCAAUGAUUGCAUGAAUGAAGAUAUGGCUUGUGUAGUUGUCGUGCUUGGAAUCGGAUGUUUAGGAGCUGCUUGUUGUUGUGUGAAAGGGUGCAACGAGUUGGGAGAGAACCCGGACUCUCGCCGUGGCUGGUGGUGCGUGUUGCUUGGCUUCCUCGUGAUGUUGGGAACACUUUGUGCAGCCGUAUUUGUGCUUCUUUAUCUCACACAUCACAAAACUGAAAGUCCUUCUUCAUGGGCAUCAACUGAGCCAUCGAAUUCCACUAAUUUCCCUAGUAAUUCGACCCAGUUUUUGAGC